GGCUCCGGCAGCGCGGGCGCUCCCGGGCGAGCCGGCCUCGAGCACCGAGACCGAGCGGAGUGACAGUGGAGGAAAGGGAAAGAGAAGUCACCUACAUGUCCCUGGGCAAGGAAUCAUCCACAUCGUUAAAGGCUGAGCACAAGUGAAAAUUCUGCACAAGAAUCCCAAGAAGAAAAGUGAGAUUUCUUCCUUACCCAAUAAAUUUUAGUUCUCGGAGUGUGAGCACCUUGAGAAGAGGACUCUCCUGUUUUUUCUAUUGAUAUUCUUACUGCUUAGAACAGUUCUUAAUACAUAGAAUCUGAAGGACUCAUCUCUAGAAAUGUCAGACAAAGAAGAAGAUCAGUAUGUCAGUUCAUCCAGUGACCUUGCUAAAGGUGAUGACCGUCAUUACUGUAGAAUCCUUCUGGAGCCUCAGGAGAAAAAGAAUACUGACUUUAAAGGAUAUGUGAUCAAACAGUUGAAGAAGAAUUGCUGCUGUAGCCCAGCCAAAGCCAAAAACUGGAUUUUUGGGUUCAUGCCAGUCUUGCAAUGGCUCCCUAAGUAUGACCUGAAAAAAUGCCUCCUUGGAGAUAUAAUGUCUGGUUUGAUUGUAGGCAUCUUAUUAGUCCCACAGUCCAUUGCAUAUUCCCUUCUGGCAGGCCAAGAGCCUGUAUAUGGUCUGUAUACUUCUUUUUUUGCUGCAAUAAUUUAUUUCUUAUUUGGCACAUCCAGACACAUCUCAGUGGGUAUUUUUGGAGUGUUGUGCCUCAUGAUUGGUGAAGUGGUGGAACGGGAGGUACACAAAGCUGGCUAUGGGAUGGAAUAUACAGCUCAACCUGACCUUUUUAAUCACAUAAAUGAAAGUGUCAUCACUCCAGCUGUGAACCAAACCUCAGGACAAAUCUGUGAUAGAAGCUGCUACGCAAUUACUGUUGGCACAACAGUAACUUUCAUAGCUGGAGUUUAUCAGAUAGCGAUGGGCCUGUUUCAAGUGGGCUUUGUCUCCAUCUACCUGUCUGAUGCCUUGCUGAGUGGAUUUGUCACUGGUACCUCCUUUACCAUCCUUACUUCUCAGGCCAAGUAUCUUCUAGGACUAAAAAUCCCUCGAAGUAGUGGUGUGGGCUCUCUCAUCGCUACCUGGAUAAAUAUCUUCAAAAACAUUCAUAAGACCAAUCUCUGUGACCUCAUUACUAGCCUUCUGUGCCUUCUUGUCCUUGUGCCAACCAAAGAACUCAACGAACACUUCAAAUCCAAGCUUAAGGCACCAAUUCCCACCGAACUGAUAGUAGUUGUAGCAGCUACACUGGCAUCUCAUUUUGGAAAAUUGAAUGAGAAUUAUGGCUCUAGUAUAUCUGGACACAUUCCUACUGGGUUCCUGCCUCCUAAAGCACCAGAUUGGAACUUGAUUCCUAACGUGGCAAUUGAUGCGAUAGCUAUUUCUAUCAUUGGUUUUGCUAUCACUGUGUCACUGUCAGAGAUGUUUGCCAAGAAGCACGGCUACAUAGUCAAGGCCAAUCAGGAAAUGUAUGCCAUUGGUUUUUGUAAUAUCAUCCCUGCCUUCUUUCACUGCUUCACAACUAGUGCAGCUCUUGCCAAGACCUUAGUCAAAGAGUCGACAGGCUGUCAGACUCAAGUUUCUAGUGUGGUGACAGCACUGGUUCUUUUAUUGGUCCUCCUUGUAAUAGCACCUUUAUUCUACUCCCUACAAAAAUGUGUCCUUGGAGUGAUAACCAUUGUAAAUCUUCGGGGAGCUCUUCGAAAGUUUGGUGAUUUGCCCAAGAUGUGGAGGCUUAGUAAAAUGGAUACAGUUAUUUGGUUCAUUACUAUGCUGUCCUCUGCACUGAUAAGUACUGAAAUUGGUCUGCUUAUUGGGGUCUGCUUUUCUAUGUUUUGUGUCAUCCUUCGUACUCAGAAACCAGAAGCUCCUAUACUUGGUAACGUGGAAGAGUCUGAAAUCUAUGAGUCCAUGUGUGCCUACAAGAACCUUCAGACUGAACCAGGAAUUAAGAUUUUCCGUUUUGUAGCUCCCCUCUAUUACAUCAACAAAGAAUCUUUUAAAUCUGCCUUGUACAAGAAGACUGUCAGCCCAGUGUUAGUGAAAGCAGCACGGAAGAAGGCAGCAAAGAGAAAGCUCAAAGAGAAAAUGGUGACUUUCAGUGGCUGUCAAGAUGAAGUUUCCAUGAACCUCUCUUGUGAGCCCCUAGAGCUCCAUACCAUAGUGAUUGACUGCAGUGCCUUGCAAUUUUUAGAUACAGCAGGAAUCCAGACACUCAAAGAAGUUCGCAAAGAUUAUGCAGACAUUGGUAUCCAGAUUCUGUUAGCUCAAUGCAAUCCCUCUGUGAGGAGCUCUCUGUAUCGGGGAGAGUACUGCACAAAGGAAGAGGAAACGCUUCUCUUCUACAGCAUACACCAAGCAUUAUGUUUUGCCUUAGACUUGCAAAAACAGAAAGUAUUGAGUGCUUCCAAUGGUUUAAGCACUUGUACUGACUGAUUUCUGGGGAAAAUCAAGGUAGAUGGGAGGGGGGAGAAAAUCAAGGCACCAGGUUUUUCUCUCCUGUGUACAUUAUUUCCUGUUACCAUAUAAAGUCAGUGAGAUUCUCAUGUGUGUUAGGGGAGAGGCAUACAGGUAUAUCAGGGCUUGUAAUUAGCUAGAAUUUGGGGAAAAUAAUUAUACCCAUUUGGUGCAGACUAGAGUAUAAAGACAUUUGGGAUCUACUUAUGAAGUAGUUUUAUGGUUUAAAUGCUUAACUGUAUUUGGACUUUUCCCCUUUUGGAAACAAGGGUGCUACACCGGGGGAUUAAAAAAAAAUACCAAAAGGGACAGUGUUGUAUAGUAGAAAGAACCGACAGGCAUCAAGAAAUCUGAGUUCCAGUCCCACCACUGCCAACCUGUGUGAACUUGGACAAGUCACAACCUCUGUGAGCCUCAGUUUACUCAUUUGCAAAGUGAGGGGGUUGAACUAGAUGACCUGUGAGGUCUCGUCAGCUCAUGGACCUUAUGGGUAAUGAACUUGGAAUUUAUAGCAGAACCGCCGUCUUUGUAGUAAUGUGGAAGAGCAUGGUGGGAGGGAGUUUGUACAACAGUUGCUUUUACAUAUAUCUAUCCUUUUGCUUCCUACCAAAGAGCUGAAAGGCUUUGGGAUCACCAGAGUUGCCCAGAACUAGUUCUUUUUCUUGUGCCUUGCUUUUCUGUCUACCUCUGCAGAACCUAUAAUAGUGGGACCUCUAGCAUUUUGAAAAAGCAGCAGCAGCACUCUUUUUGGGGGGAGGGAUUCUCAGGAGGUUGUAUCUUGAUCAGGACUUCUGGAAGCACAUGCUGGGAGGAAAAUGCCUCCCACUAAAUGAAAUCAUUUUCUGAUAGGGCUAAUGCAUCACAGGAGCUUAGGUUAAUGCAAGGCAUUUUUGGAAAACCAGUGCAUCCAAAGAGCCUGGCUAAAUACAGACUCAACCUAGUGUUCGAUGUGAUCUGAUGUUUCCUUACUUGUUUAGACUAAGUACGUGAGUCUUCAAAAUCAGCAAGAACGAUUUGAGGGAUCUGUUUUCUACCUCUUUUCUGUGGGGCAUGUCAUCCAUGCUUAUUCCUAAGGACUUCAUCUCCACUAAACAUUUUUUCACAAUUUUUUGUCUACUUUACAUUCCUAGGAAUCUCUUCAGAUGAGGAUGAUGUUAUGGGACAAGCACAAGAUAUAGAGUUGGGUUUGUAUCUCAUCUGUCCUGCCUACUACUGCUGUAUAUGCAGACCAAGUCACUAGACCAUUCUGGGACUGAACAUUCACCUCUUAAAAUGAUGGGAUUGGCCCAUAAGACCUCUAGGAUUCCUUCUGGUCCUAAAUCCUAUGAUCUUCCUCUAGGCAUCUGGUAACACACCUUUAAAAAAAAGUCUCGAUCACAGGGUACAAAUCCUAACUGAGUCCAUUCCAGCAAAUACUUAAGUGCCUCUCACACAUAAGGUGGUGCUUGUUUCCCUCCCCACCCCUUCUAGGGUAAGAUGCAGAUUCAAGCUAUGAGGAGAAAAAACAUACCCUGAAGUUUUAGUUUUAAACAUUUCUAUAAUGUUAAUAUUCUUCUGAAAAAUUAUCUUUCAGUGUGUUAAAUGAAGACAGCCUUAAAGUUUUGGUUCAUCAGCUUAAACUGGCUUUAAGUGAGUAAGCAAAAUUAGUUUGCAGAAGAGAAUGUCUGAUGAAUCUUCUUUGGAAUUAAGUUUCAUAGUAUUUCAGCAAAGGAGUCAUACAGAUUAUCUUUCUUUGAUAAAAAUCAUACUCUCAAGUAGUAACUACCAUAGAGAAAACCAUUGUAUGUUUUGGGGAUAAAUAUGCAGCCCCUUAAUGAUGCCAGUAAUGAACUUAUAGGUAUUUGGGCAUGAACUAAUACUGUGCCUUGUGGGAACUUUCUUCUGCCCUUUGAGUACCUCAUAAAUUAAUGACCACAAUGAUUUUUUUAUUGGUAAAAUCUCUUAAAUAUGGUUAUGUCACUGUAUUAAACAACAGUACAUUAGUUUUGUUCCCAAGAUGAGUCAAGGAUAUAAAUUGAGGGUUUAUUUCCUCUUGUAAGGCAAGAACAUUUAUCAAGUGAUAAUUUUUUAAAAUGUGGAGCUCUGUUUGACCCACUUACCAGGUAAAUAGAAGAUUCCACAUUUCAGGAAUAGCCAGUUCCUUCUUUAUGAGAGUGAAAUCUUCCAAUACAGUUACUUCUUAGCAUGAUCCCUCUAAGUUCAUCUGUUUUUGAUAGGUUAAGUAUUUCCUUACAAAGAGUGGGAUGAUGUAUUUUAAAAGCACAUUUAAAAAAGAAAAGAUGCAAUAGUUUCUUCCUUUUUUUUUUUUUUAUUGGUGAAGCA